AUGAAGAAUCAGCCAUACUUAAAGUUCUCAGGUUCGACUUCUUUGAAUGAAAGUGAUUCGCUUAAGUUGGUGGAACAAUUUUCUGUGAAAGAAAUUAAAGAAGCCGUGUUCGAUUGUGGAGACGACAAAGCCCCAGGUCCUGACGGGUUCAACUUUCGUUUCAUUAAACAAUUCUGGAAGGACUUUGAGGACGAUUUUUUUCGGCUGAUGCAGCACUUUCAUGUUGAAGGGAAGUUUGGUAUGGGAGUUGGUUCAUCAUUUAUAACUUUGGUGCCGAAGAUAGGGGAUCCUACGGGAUUAGCCGAUUACCAUCCUAUAAAUCUCACUGGUGUUAUUAGCAAGGUGGUUUCCAAGGUUUUGGCGAACAGAUUGAAACGCGUUAUGGAACAAAUACGGUUUCCGGCUUUGUGGUGUAAAUGGGUCAAAGGAGUUUUGGAGUCGGUGAGAUCAUCGGUGCUUGUUAACGGCUCGUCGACUUUUGAGUUCAAUUGUCAGAAAGGCAUUAGACAAGGUGAUCCUGCGUCUCCUUUUUUGUUUCUUGUUGUCAUGGAAGCUCUUUCCGGGAUGAUAAAGAAGGCGUGUUUGGUUGGAGCUUUCGAUGGUGUUCGUUUACCUAACCAAGGGUUGGUAUUGUCCCAUCUUUUAUACGCAGACGAUGGUAUGAUUAUGGGAGAAUGGUUGGAUUUUAACUUUGAUAAUUUAAAGCGAAUUCUUCGUAUUUUUUAUUUAUGUUCGGGCCUAAAGAUAAAUAUCCAUAAAUCGGUGGUAUAUGGGGUUGGGGUUACGGAUGAAGUGGUGAAUGUGAAAGCUAGUUUGUUGGGUUGUAAAGCAGGGGCUUUGCCUUUUGUAUAUUUGGGCAUCAAGGUUGGGGCGAACACGAAUAGAGUUAAUAACUGGGAGGCGGUUAUAGAUAUAUUUCGGAACCGAUUAUCGAAGUGGAAAGUUGAAUCUCUAUCCAUAGGAGGCAGAGUUGUUCUUAUCAAAUCGUGGAUAUGGAGGUAUAAAUCGGAACAAGGUGCAUUAUGGAGGAGAACUGUGGAAGCCAUUCACGGUUCAACAAGGAGGUGGGAUAUGAUGUCUAGUAAUAAAAGAUUCAGAAGAGUGUGGAAAAACAUUGUGUCUUUUGGAAACAAAGUGAGGAUUAAUGGUAAAGGGUUAUCAACUAUGCUACGGGGCGUUGUGGGUGAUGGCUUGGAGAUUCGGUUUUGGUAUGACCCGUGGUUAAAUGAUCAUGUUUUGAAAGAUAGAUUCCCUAAUAUUUUCAGAUUAGAAAAGGAGAAAACGUGUUGUGUCGCUGAUAGGUGCAGAGGCUCCGGAGAAGACACUAUCGUUUCAUGGUCGUGGAAUAAACUCCCUGAGACUGUUGCGGAGGUUCAGGAGCGCUCAGAAUGUGAGGUUAUGCUGCAGAAUGUUUUUAUGCAGAAUCGGCCAGAUCAAUGGCAAUGGGCUGCGAGUGCUGAUCACUCUUACUCGGUGGGAGAAGUGAAGAAAUGGUUGCGGAGCGAAGUGGGAAAUAGUAAUCAGAAUGCAGGCCGGUUCGUUUAUGUUUGGUGCAAAUGGGUUCCUAAUAAAUGCAACAUUUUUAUGUGGCGUGCAGAGCUCGAUAGAUUACCAACUAAACUUGCUUUACGAAGGAGGAGUAUACAGGUGGAAGAUACGGUUUGUAGUUUAUGCGGGGAAGGGGAAGAGACGGUUGAUCAUUUGUUUACAACGUGUAGCGUUUUGUGUGGUGUUUGGAGUGUAUUAUCCAGUUGGUGUAAAGUUCCACAAAUGUAUGCGUUUACUUUCAAAGAUCUGAUGGUACCCCUUGUAACAAUCCAAGAAGCACUUCCAUCUGUAUGGCGCGAGGGAGUCUAUCUUUUUGUCAAUCUCAGGCAAAGAAUAGCAAUCCUUAGGGCAUGCCUUGUUGAGAUCAGUAUAAUCAACGCACAUUCGCCAUCCUCCGCUCGACUUUUCCACCAUUACUGGGUCCGCGACCCAACUUUGAUAACGUACUUCCCGCAAGACUCCAGCUUUGAGUAG